AAAGGCGAUUUACAACUCGCGAUACUUUCAUUCGACAAAAAAUUUUUCGAGUUCCAUCGAUAUUUCUCGUAUAAUUCAGGGUGAUUGAAUCAACAAUGUUGAGAACUGUUGUGACACGAAAUCUAAUUCGUCGUUCUGUGGCAAACGAAAAUGCAGCAAAUUGUCGUAUUUUGCGAGGAUUGAGCAGCAAUUGUACACAAAAAUACGAAAGAUUGUUAUGCACGAAACAAGUAGGAUCGAAAUCAAUCGCUCGAGAGAUCCCAUCAACAGUAUGGACAAAGAAUAUCGUGAGAACCUAUUGCAGUCUCCCAUCGCAUUCGCGUGUCAUGUUACCUGCUUUAUCGCCUACCAUGGAGCUCGGAACGAUUGUCAGUUGGGAGAAGAAAGAAGGCGAUAAACUGAAUGAAGGCGACUUGCUUGCUGAAAUCGAAACCGACAAAGCUACAAUGGGCUUUGAAACACCUGAAGAAGGAUAUCUCGCAAAAAUUAUCAUCCCUGCGGGAAGUCGUGACGUACCAAUUGGAAAAUUGGUUUGCAUCAUUGUUGAAAAUCAAGAAGAUGUUGCCGCAUUCAAGGAUUUCAAAGAUGAUGGAAGUGCGCAAGCUGCUCCAAAACGUGCUGCGCCUCCCGUUUCUCCUCCUCCCGCACAAUCAGCUCCUUCAGCUGCUUCAAGUGCAGGAAAUUAUCCGUCUCACGCAAGAGUCGCAUUACCUGCUUUGUCUCCAACAAUGGAAACGGGCAGAAUCGCAAGUUGGGAAAAGAAUGAGGGUGACAAAUUGAAUGAAGGCGAUUUGCUUGCGGAAAUUGAAACUGAUAAAGCAACAAUGGGUUUCGAAACACCUGAAGAAGGAUAUCUUGCGAAGAUUCUCGUACCUGCGGGCUCGAAAGACGUUAAAGUUGGAAAUCUCGUUUGUAUUAUCGUCGAGAAUAAGGAAGAUGUUGCUGCCUUCAAAGAUUAUAAAGAUGACGGAGGAGCUUCUGCUGCUCCUUCAGCUCCAACGCCUUCUCCAUCUCCUUCAGUUUCAGCAGCUCCAAUUCCUGUUCCCGUUUCAUCAUCAGGACCUCUCACUGCCGUCGAACAGAAAUUCGGAGAUCGUGUUUAUGCGAGUCCAAUGGCAAAACGUCUUGCUGAAACUCAAAAACUUCGUCUUCAGGGACGAGGAUCAGGAUUAUACGGAUCUUUAACAUCGAAAGAUCUCGGAAAAUUACAAGCAGCAAGUGCUGCAAUGCCCGCUGCUUCUGCUCCAGCACCUGCAGGCGCUCCUUCAGGACCUGCUAAAGUACCCGCAGGCGCCGCAUACGUUGAUAUACCCGUUACCAAUAUUCGAGGCGUUAUUGCUAAACGUUUACUCGAAUCGAAAACAACGAUUCCUCAUUACUAUUUGACCGUUGAUUGUUGCAUGGAUGAAAUCAACAAAUUACGUGCACGUUUAAAUAAGAAUCUUGAAAAGGAAGGAGUUAAGCUUUCUGUGAAUGAUUUCAUCAUUAAAGCUGCUGCGAUGGCAUGCAAAAAAGUUCCCGAAGCGAACUCUGCAUGGAUGAACACAUUCAUUAGACAAUUUGAUGCUGUCGAUGUAUCUGUUGCUGUUUCAACAGAUCGUGGAUUAAUUACUCCAAUCGUAUUUGCUGCUGAUCGUAAAGGACUUGCAACAAUUUCGAAAGAUGUCAAAGCACUUGCUGCAAAAGCACGCGAAGGAAAAUUACAACCCGCUGAAUUCCAAGGAGGCACUUUCAGUGUCUCGAAUUUGGGCAUGUUUGGCGUAACACACUUUUCAGCUAUCAUUAACCCUCCGCAAUCGUGUAUUUUAGCUGUUGGAGGAACACAAAAACGAUGUGUUAUUGACGAGAACUCGGAAAAAGGAUUCAAAGAGAGUGUUUACGUCGCUGUAACAUUGAGUUGCGAUCAUCGAACAGUUGAUGGCGCUGUGGGAGCCCAAUGGUUACAUCACUUCAGACAACAUCUUGAAGAUCCAACAACAAUGCUGGUCUAAACACAAAAAAAAAAUAGGAAAGCUCACAAAUCACGUUACAAAUUGUAUUUAGAUGAGAAUUGUAUACAAUGUACUGAGAAGCCAUAAUUGAAUAGAGUAAUCCUCGCUUGUUUCCCUAUUAUUCUCUUUAAAUGUGACGACGACUAUAUAUUUGGCAAUUAGAUAUUUGGCAGGAACCUUAACCAACAAAAAUACAAUUAUUUAUUAUUAUGUUUUAAUUUUCCCUAAAAUUGAAAUUAAUAUCUUCUUGAUAAAGACAAAAUUUAGAUGAAUUAAUGCAAUAAUUUAUAUUAAAAAAAAAUCUUAAAUUAUUUCAAGUUUCUUAAAAAAAAUGUCAAAGACAUUUUUAAUUUUAUUUUGUGAAUAAAAGUAUCCAACAAACGAUAGGUAGUUUCUACCGUUGGAGGAAAACAAUAAAUGAUAAAAGUAAAA